GGGCGGGCCUACGCCAGCUGACUCCAUCUUGUUCUGUGUCCUUCACCUUGACCACACCUCCUCCCCUUGAGUAACCCCCCCCUCACCUGCCUAACAGGACUCGACCCUUCCCCAGGACCCUUCCCCAGCCAAUCGGCUGAGGCCAUAGCCAUUACCUCACCAACUGCCCCCAGGCCCCAAUAAAACCUUUGUCCUUUUGAAACUCGCUCUCUUUCCCUGGUAUCUCACCGCUGCGUCGGUGCAGGUAGGGGAUUGAGCUCGAGCUAGCUCGAAUAAAGGCUCUUUGCUUUUGCAUCGGACUCGGCUCCCUAGUGGUCUUUGGGGAUCACGAAUUCUGGGCAUAACAUUUGGGGGCUCGUCCGGGAUCCCCAAGAACCCCGAGGGACCCCGACCCGGAGAGCCUGACUGGCCACGGUUAGUGUCUGUUUGUUCUGUCUUUUCUGUGUGAGCUCAUUUCUGGAAUUCUGGUAGUGCCCGACGCGGUCUAAGUGGACGCACUGGAGGACCACGGGCCGGGAGUUUCGGAAGACGUUCUGAUUCUCCCUUCUGGAGGGACGUGGAAUCCCCUCAAAGGUCUGAGACGAGGCGGGUCGCUCCCGCUGGUCGGCGUGAGGCCGUCGUCUUUGGAGGGACGUGGAAUCCCCUCAUCGGUUUUGGAGGGACGUGGAAUCCCCUCAAAGGUCUAAGCUAGCUUGCAGUUUUGCUUCCAUGGAGUUGGAAGACUUUCUAGGGGCCCUCUGUUUGUCUGUUUUUGUGUUUCUCUGUUUUGUUCUGUGGACUUGCUGGACGGACGUUAUGGGACAGACUCAGACUACUCCUCUAAGUAUUAUGAUUGAUCACUUUAAGGAUGUGAGGGGAAGAGCUAACAACCUCAGUGUGGACGUCCGAAAGGGUCGGUUGCAGUUUUUUUUGUUCUAGCGAGUGGCCAGCUUUCAAUGUCGGAUGGCCACCAGAGGGGACCUUCGACCUCCCUACCAUCCACCGAGUCAGGAGUAUCAUCUCUCAGCCUAAGGCAGGCCAUCUUGAUCAGCUCCCUUAUAUUAUCACUUGGCAGGACCUUGUAGAAGACCCACCCUCUUGGCUUAAGCCCUUCCUAACCCUGCUCCCUCCGGAGCCAAAACCCAUUCUUGCUUUGCAGGAGACAGAGAAGAGGAAAAGUCUUACCCAGCCUUCAGCACCCCUCUACCCUGUCCUACAGGGGGGUACUGAAGAAGAAUUAAUUUUUCCUCCCCCGUAUAACCCCUCUAGGAUGCCGGAAGAACACCAUCCUCCCCCUCGGGGGGAGGCAGACGCUGUUCCGAGAGCGGGAGGCGGAAAUGCUCCAGGGGGAAGCCCGCCCUUUACCAGACAAAGGGCUCAGAGGGGGCAAUCCGCCUCCGCCGCCGACUCCACUAUUCUGCCCCUGCGAGCCACCGGACCCCCAGACGCGGAGGGGAAUCAGCCCCAUCACUAUUGGCCUUUCGCCACUAGUGACCUCUACAAUUGGAAAGCUCAGAAUCCUAAGUUUUCCGAGAAACCGGCAGGGCUUAUUGAUUUAUUAGACUCUGUUCUUUUUACCCAUCAGCCCACGUGGGAUGAUUGCCAGCAGCUUUUGCAGGUCCUGUUCACGACUGAAGAAAGAGAAAGAAUCCUCAGUGGGGCCCGAAAACUAGUUCCAGGCGCAGACGGGAAUCCCACCACCAACCAGGCUCAGAUAGAUGCCUCCUUCCCCUUAACUCGGCCCCAGUGGGAUUUCAACACGGCAGAAGUAUUUACAGACACCUUCUCUGGCUGGGUGGAGGCAUACCCAACCAAGCAUGAAACGGCUCAGACGGUGGCUAAGAAGCUACUAGAAGACAUCUUACCCAGCGGGCUCCAGAGGGCGCACGAGGACAUUUGGCCGCGCCUCCGUGCCAUCUACGAGGCUGGCCCGAUCCCGACACCUCAUCAAUACAGGCCAGGAGACUGGGUCUACAUCAAGAGGCACCACCGAGAGACUCUCGAGCCGCGCUGGAAGGGACCCUACAUCGUGGUGUUGACAACCCCCACCGCUCUCAAGGUAGACGGCAUCGCGACCUGGGUCCAUCACACCCACGCUCAGCCAGCGGACCCCUCCUCGAUCCGGAAGGACGUUGUCACGCGAUGGGCCAUCAGUCGGGACCAACACAGCCCGCUCAAGCUCAAGCUACAGCGCAUUUGACCUACCUAAUAUUGGUAACUCUGUUAACUCUGCUUGUCAUUGCUCAUGCUGCCUGGAGUCCCCACACCCCCCAAAACAUCACCUGGCAGAUCAUAGACACCAGCUCAGGGACAAUACUUAAUCAGACGUCCCAGAGCCACCCCAGGGACACUUGGUUCCCAGAACUUUGCGUAAACCUCCAAACUCUGUUCCCCUUGUCACCAUAAAUGCAGCCGGUCCCAUGAUUGGGUCCCUAAGCUACAUGACAAGGGGGGAAUGAAAGGGCGGGCCUACGCCAGCCGACUCCAUCUUGUUCUGUGUCCUUCACCUUGACCACACCUCCUCCCCUUGAGUAACCCCCCCCUCACCUGCCUAACAGGACUCGACCCUUCCCCAGGACCCUUCCCCAGCCAAUCGGCUGAGGCCAUAGCCAUUACCUCACCAACUGCCCCCAGGCCCCAAUAAAACCUUUGUCCUUUUGAAACUCGCUCUCUUUCCCUGGUAUCUCACCGCUGCGUCGGUGCAGGUAGGGGAUUGAGCUCGAGCUAGCUCGAAUAAAGGCUCUUUGCUUUUGCAUCGGA